AUGGCAAAAGAUGAAGUUCGGAAACUUUUAAAUCUGGCUGAGUCAGAAAGUGAGCGUGAACGUUUAAAAUAUGCUAUUGCAAAGUCAUCGGGGAUCUCAAAUACGAAAGCGAAAAAUAUUUACGGGUUUUCAAGUUUAAACGAAAGGAAAGCCAAGGUGGAACAAGCGAUGGAGGAAGCUUGUGCCAUCAAAGAUGCGAUUGAAAAUGUUGCAAAGAUCAAAGAAAAGGCAUUGCUGCAGUCUUUAGGUGUAUAUGAAACGAGUGGCGAAAGUGACGAAAUGGACAGUACGAGUGAGACGGAUACCGACAAUACAGAAGAACCGAAUUCUGCGGAUGGUUCCGGUCAGGAAAUUUCUUCUGACGAUGUAGUAUCCGACUCAGGAUCUAGUGAAGCCGAAAUAUGGGCCAAGGGAGUUAAAAGUGUAUUAGAUCAACGAGGAAAGGAAUUAAUUAUGAAGAAAAGAGCUUAUAUACGACGUAAAUGCGUGAGACAAACGAAGAAAAGGCUGGCUGAAGCACGUUUAAUGAAGAGAAGGCGAAGCAAAAAAGUUGGCAAAAUAAUUUCAGAAUGUCCAGGUAUUGGCCAAGAAAUAGAACAGUUUGUGAAACAGUGCGGUGCAGGAGCAGAUGCGUGGAGAAGAACAGGGAUAUUGACUUUUGAUGGUAAUCGGAAAAUAAAGAAGAAGGCGACAUUCAGGAGAAUAAAAGAACACUUAGAAAAUAAGUAUGGCCGAAAAAUUUCAUAUGGUAGUGUGGUUCAGUUAUGCUGCGCUCGUAAUAAGAGAAGAAGGUCUGCUUCUCGGUACCAUGGGAUAGCAAAAGUUGUAAGUAAAAGAGCAAGAAAAGGUUUUACUAUUCGGUAUAAUCCUGAUCAACACUGGAGUGCUGCCCUGUACGCUGCGUUAGAUAAACUUCAACAUGAAAAUGGUUGCAAUAUCAUUAAUAUUGGAAGAGACGAUCAGGCAGGCUUCAGAUUGGACACAAUGGCUACCAACAAGCAACACGCCACACUAUGUGUGAAGGGAAAUGAACACCUUACGACAAGAACAGACUAUGUCAACAAAUACUCAUCUAUCCUUCAAACUACAUCAUAUAACUUCCCCAGUACAAAAACGACAAGUGAAAUUUGUGCAGGUGUUGUGAAGGCACCAGGACUUUUUGAAAAAAACCCCGCGCAACAUUUUGCUGAUCUUGAAAUGUUAGAGCAACAAGAAGAAAUAACCCCAGCAUUUAUAAAUCCUAUAACUGGAAAAAGGAAGGAGGUUGAGUGUGUUCGGGUGGACGGAAGUUACGACGAGGGACCAUCCCACUUAGAAGUCCAAUAUUGGUGGACGGUGCGCCAUUUAAAGUCUAAAAGUCGAGUCCUGUUAGUUACAUCAAGAAACAGCGGCGCAAGUUACAAGAACAGAGUAGAAUUGCAAAAUGGGUGCUUGGCUCUGGCACACGCAAAUUUAUUUAUACCUUCGACGCUUAAUGGGUCCUGCCUGAGCAAUGGCGGGAAGGUCGAUGAGAAAUUACAUCACAAAAACUUGAAUUCUGCUAUUGACGUCUACUGUUCAAGGGUUGACAAAGCACCAUGUGCUGGAACUGAAAUUCACCUAUUCCGAGGAGCAGACAGCGCGAAUCAGCAGCUUGAGAAUAAACUCUUAACCACAUUCUUGAAAGGAACAAAAAAAGCAAAGAAAAAGCUAGAGAAAGACCAUCCUCAUGAAUUUAAUGAAAUAAAGCGAAUUUGGGAUUUGCGAGAACGCCAUAUCCGGAAAGAUGUUCCUCAAAAGUAUAUUUUCUGCCUCACUUGCUGCUACAGAGACAACUGCAUUCAUCCACUUUGCAAGGAAGGUGUACCGUUGGAAGAGUGUAAAUGGUACCCAGAGGGCCCUCCUUUGUCCUUUAUACCUGUUCCUGUUCCCGAUCCUGUUCGACAUUACGGUCGUAGCGAAUGCCAGGAAUGUGAAACACAGUGCUCAGGACAUUAUCGCAAAGUUGAUGAGCUGUGGGAAGAGGUUUCUAAAGGAGAUGGAAAGAUGGUUCCUCAUGAUCCACCGUCAAAAGUAAUUUUACAGGAAUUUAAUCGUACCCAUGAAGUACCGGAAGAAAAUAACCUGCUGGAAGUUGCAGAAAAAGUUUUGUUGCCACGUGAUGAGACGGAGAUGUGGUUUCAGCAUUUGAAAAAUGUUUACGAAAAUCGUCAAAAAGGGAUUGUAAAGGCUGCGGAGACAAGAAAAGCUAAGAGGAUGCAACAGCAAGAAACGAACAAGAGUAAAGGUGAACAAAGAAAACAGAAAAAGAGUCAAAGACAACAAGAAGAAAACAAAAGUGCAGAAGAAGAGGGAGGAGCAGUUGAAGAUGAAGAAUUGUGUAAGGCAUGUAAGAGAGUUCACCCAUUGGCUUUGGAAGAUGAGUCUGUUGAUGCAGAUGUGGAUUGGGUUUGUUGUGACAGUUGCACUUGUUGGUAUCACAUGAUUUGUGUUGGAAUCCUUCCUACUGAAGUACCUAGUUACUGGCAAUGCUUAGACUGUGUUGAAUCAUGGGAGUUUGAAUAA